CGUUUGAUUAUUAUCGUUCAUUGAUGCAGUUAUCUUCAUAACUUUGAAACUUUUAACACUGUAAAAUUCCACAGUUAUCUCUUCCUAAAUCUCCGGGAUUCUAGUCCUACUGCAGUGGAUGAUUUGUGGAGGGCUUAGUGUCUUCAAAAGGGUUUAGGUUUCCUUACCCUCGAAAAAUGGCUUUUAUCUACAGUCCAAAAUCGUUGAUUGAAAUUGAAAAAGGAUUCAACAAGAAGUUUUCUUUUUCCGCCAGUUCUCAUCAGUUGCCCAAUCCUCAAGUCAUAUUUACUGAGGAGAGAUGGGAAGUGCCAGUCCUGCAGAAGAAAAAAGAUGCUUUCAAUAAUGUAAGAAGUAAGCUGAACAAUGUUUUUCUGAAAAGUUGGCAUCAACAUACAGAGCUCUGCAAUCCUGCACAAAGAAUUUUCUACACUCUACAGAAAGAAUAUCAACCUGAAUUUUUAAGUCAAGCCUGGAUGAAAUUUUAUGAGUUGCUGUCAUCAUAUCCUCUCAUUCCCGACAAAGCUGUUGAAGGGGGUAGACUAGGCUCAGUGCACCUUUGUGAGGCUCCUGGUGGAUUCAUUUCAGCUUUGAAUCACUAUCUGCAAUCGAAUCACAACAUUAAGUGGAAUUGGUUGGCUAAUUCGCUAAAUCCGUACUAUGAGGGAAAUUCAUUAUUCUCCAUGGUCUCAGAUGACAGACUUGUGAAACAUGCACUGGAGAACUGGUGUUUUGGCAUUGAUUACUCAGGUGAUAUCCUAAGUAAAACAAAUGCUGCAAGUAUUAUUGAAGAUUUCAAAAAGAAAACCGAGAAUCCUAUUCUAUUGGUCACUGCAGAUGGCGGUAUUGAUUGUCAAAAUGAUCCCAAAGAACAAGAGCUGCAUAUCUCGCCUCUCAUCUGUGCUGAAAUCAUUUUAGCGAUGCAAGUUUUAUCACCAGGCGGCAGUCUGGUGAUCAAAAUGUUCACUCUAUUCGAAUGUGAAUCAGUGUGUGCUCUCUACUUAUUGAGAUGCAGUUUUGAAUCUCUUCACGUUUGCAAACCAAUCUCAAGUAAAGGCGGAAAUUCAGAGGUGUACGUUGUUUGUUGUGGAUACAAAGGACAUCAGUAUAUUGAACCGUGGCUACCACAACUUUUAUCUUGCUAUAAUAUGAAGAAAAGUAAGAAAGUAAUGUUCCCAUUGUCUGAGAUUCCUGAGAAGUUUUUGCAAGAAUGUGUGAGCUGUGCUCAUUUUUUUGCUGAUAUGCAAAUUUCAGUCAUCGAUGAAAACUUGACAAACUACGAAACAGGAAUGAACAAGAAAAAAGCUGAUAGCCUAUUGGAAGCCAAAAAUGCAGUUGCUGUAGAGUUUACCAGCAGAUUUAAUAUAAGUCCAACUUUUAAAAGAAUAGCACCUGCCGCUACUAGCGUUACCAUGAGCACAUUAUCAUCUGUAAAAAGAAGAGAAAACUGCACCUUUAAUGACUGGGAGGUCAGGAAUGAAAAAUCUCUUAAAUGCUGCUUAGACGAUCUCAAUGACUGCCUGAGAAGAUAUUCAAAAGUUUCUUUUGAUCCAAUCAGUAUUCGAGUUUUUCCUGUACCUUCAGAGGACUUGGUAAUAACCAACGGGUUACCUAUUAAAGAACUUGGUAGUUCUAAAUUUUGUACUGGAAACAUACUCAAGCAUAAAAUUAAGUUGAAAAACUUUGUUACUCCUCGGAGCUCAAAUCAAGAUGAAAGAUUGAAGUAUUUUUCAUCUUUAAUCUCAAGCAUGCCAAUUUCAUCAACUCUUGAUAUUGCCGACUGUUAUAAAGAUGAAAAAAAUUACUCCCUCUGCAAGGAAUGUGCUAUUCCUCUCGUACUGGAGCGAUUAUCUACAAUGCAAGUCGGUGAAUCAUUAUUAAUUAUUGGCAUGCGGUUAUGGACUCAGUUUGAUGUUGGGAUCUUCUAUUUACUGAGCAGUAUUUUUUCCAAAGUUGAGAUUCUCCCUCCACACUGGGACUGUUUUGCAGUAUACUUCCAGGACUAUGAACCGAAACAAGAGAUUUGUGAUUAUUUAAUGAGUUUAAAGUCUAAGUCAGUCAAGAACAUAGUUUCUCUUCUUCCAGUAUCUUAUCUUUUAGAAUCAGAAUUUUUUUCCUCUAUUAUUGCAAGCAAUGACAGAUUUUUAAUAAACAACCUGAAGCAAGUGUAUGAAGUAUUAUUAACAAAGAAGGACCAACUCGAUGCGGCCAAGGCGUUUUACGAAUAUUUAUGUGACCUCAGUGACUCAGAUGACUCUAGUGAUGGAUAAUCAUACUAUGUACAUGGGUCAACCCAUGAUCUACCAACAGAACGAUUUCUUCUGUUUUCACUUGUGUUUUGAUUUUUUUUUCUUUCUUUCUUUUUUUACUUUUGUAAGUGUAAGAUUAGUUUUAAAGGACCGUUUAUAAUUUUCAAUAUCAUUUUUAUACCUGUAUAUGAAUAAGUCAAAAGUUAAUUACCAUGUUUUGCUUGCAGAGAGAAGUUGUUUUAUUUUGCACCUUUUCUGUAAUAAAAUACAUUGUUUUUGUUAUUCAA